UUUUGUAUCAAGAUUAAUUGGGACCAAAAUAACUUCCGAAAAUAAAUCACUUCCUAUUUUUUUAAGCAAUAUUCCGAACUUGAAUAGGGGAAGUCAGGAAGUGUGAGUUAUGAACCAUCUCCCCUAAUGUUAAAAGUCCGACGUAUGGAGUAUUGGAAGCAAAAGUUCUGGUAUUAGAACAAAAGUUUUACAUACUGAAUUUCAGAAACUUGAACUAUUUCCAUAAUUCUCUGAGAAAAAUGGAAGAAAAUCCCGUGCUAUUACAUGGUCCACCGCCACCCCCUAUGAAUAUACUGCCACCAACCCCAGCAGGUUUGGAAUCUUUAUAUUCCUUGUGUAGGAAGAUAUAUCCUGAUCAAGUGAAUCCUUUACAAGUGACUGCUUUAUUGAAAUAUUGGCUUGGUGGUCCAGAUCCUUUGGAUUACAUCUCGAUGUACGCAAAUCCCGGUAAACCUGAAGAAAACAUUCCCCCCCACUGGCACUAUAUAAGUUUUGGUUUGUCAGAUUUACAUGGGGACGCCAGGGUUCACGACGUUUCCACUCCUGAUGGAAUAUCAGGCUUUGGCUUCGAGCUGACCUUCAGGCUGAAGAGAGAGCCAGAGGAAACUGCACCUCCAACAUGGCCCGCCACAUUGAUGCAAUCUCUGGCCAAGUACGUAUUCCAAUCGGGUAACACACUGUGCGCGGGCGAUCAUGUUUCCUGGCACUGCGCCCUCGACAACAGCGAGUCGAGAAUUCAGCAUAUGUUGAUGACUCCGGACCCACAGCUGAAUUCCACCAGGACACCUUUUGGAUCUGUGGAUUUCAUCCAGAUCGUAGGAGUAUGCCCGGAAGAAUUGAAAGCGGCGCAGCAGUGGAACGGCAUGGGCGUUCUGGAAAUGUUGAAGCAGCACCCAUCCACUGGUGGAAUUUGGCACAUCACAGACAUGAGAAGGGGAGAGAGCAUUUUCGAAUUGAACGUGAAUGCACACGACGUCGUAGAGAGAGGCGUGGAGUUGGAAGGAUCGAAUCUGAGCGGUGUUAGCGCCAGAUGUUCGUGGGUUGAGCAAUUGGACUGGUCGACGACCGGCAGAAAAUCAAGAAACGAACUGAUAGAGAACAAUAUGGUUUCCAGGGACCAGGAUUUCCGAAGAAACUCCGAUUACCCAAAAUCUCCCGCAUCUUUCAGGCAUCAAGACCCGUCGAUUUGCGGUAACACUUUUAGGUUAGAAGACCUGCAUUACAGCAAUGCCAGUUUGCCUGAAACCACAGAACUCGGACAUCUGAAGAGGUUGGAAGGGGUCCUCCUUGUUUUCAACUUGGAGGCUGGGAGCUUACUUCCAUUGGCCAUAAGGGGGAGAGUGAAACAUGGAAGACAUUUCACCUUUAAAUCUGUUCUUGGAGAGACUGCAAUAACCUUGGUGACUUCUUCAGUGACCGGCACACUUGUAGAUAAUGAGCAUCCUUAUGUUGCUCAGGGGUACUGGCUUCAAGUUUUAAUACCAGACGAUCUGGCUCAGGAUAUGAGGGAAAAAUUCCAAAUUCUCUCCAAUCCAGAAUCAGUGAUUUUACCUCACACUUUCACGUGGCAUGAACACAAAUUAUCCAUAACAAUUGUACCAGAUAAACUAUAGAACCAAGGAAUUCCAACCAGAUAUGAGAAUAUUAAUUAACCAUGAUUAUUGAUUCUCAUCAUAUUCAAUUUUAAAAAAUCGGAAUAGUAUUCGUUGCUUGGCUGAUUUCUGAGAUACUUAGCAAUAUAUCUGUUCAAUCCACUCGAAAAUUGCCCACGACAACAGAUUAAAUGCAAUGAAGACAUUUAACAAAACUAGUACGUGAGCAUAUUGGUGUACUGUGAAUUAAUAAAGAAUUGACAUUCUGCCGUCCAGAAAGUGCCUUCUGUAAAUUAAAACGUGAAUUUUAUCAUAUCUCAAUCCCAAUUAUUUCUAACUAUUUAUUGAAGAGUUUGUAAUUUAUUUUAUAUAUGACAUUUAUUCCUUUUAUCGAUGUUUCUAGUUCAGAACAUUUGUAUCAAAAUGAUUAUUCUGCAAAAUAUAUUGUAUUUAUAUCUUCA